AUGGUUACAACAAACCUUCUUUCGACACUAGCCCUUGGGCUUCCUGGUCUUGUUUUGGGAUUGAGGGGACGGACUUUUACAAGCUGGGACUGGCAAGUCAACCCUCGAGAGGAAGCGACCUUCCCGUCCAGCGGCCUCGUCACCUCCUGCAACGUAAACAACCAACCUCUCAGCAACUCGCGAAACGUCGCCUCGGGCUGCGACAACGGCGGUGCCUACAUGUGCGACACUUACCUCCCGAUCCCCAUCGCCGACGACUUCACUUAUGGCUUCGCAGUCGCCCCCGGGUACAACUGCUGUAAGUGCUACGAGCUCUUUUGGCUCAACGGCUAUGCGGCGGGCAAGCGGAUGGUCGUGCAGGUUGUCAACUGGAUGCCCGAUGAGGAGGAGGGUACGGAUGCGGGGAAGCCUGGGGACUUUGCUAUUUUGACGCCGGGUGGUGGGAGUGGGCCUCAUUCGCGGGGGUGUACGAGGCAGUACGGAUCUACGUGGGGCGACGACUACGGCGGUGUUUCAAGCAUGACAGACUGCGAGCAGCUUCCCGAGAACCUCCAGGGAGGGUGCUACUGGCGCUGGAACUGGGCCGGAGGCGAAAUCACGGGGUGGGACGUCGAAUACAAGGAAGUGGAGUGCCCGGCUCGCCUUACGGACAUAUCAGGAUGCACUCCGGCCCCUUUUCAAGCUUAG